CUAUACCACAUAGCUUAUUUGCCAGAAAAGUUUAUGCAAGACCUGAAAAGCAAGAAAGUGAUUAUAAAUUUAGUGUUAAUUUAAUUGAUGAAUCUCUUUUUAUUAAUGCGAAUGAAAUUGAUUUAUUAAAUGAAUUUACAAAUAAUAAUCAAACUACUACUUCUUAA